ACAUAAUUUAGUGACUCUUAAGCUUAUAUCGCUGAAGCGCUGUGGAUUACGACCAUCCAGGAAUUACGACUUGCGAGAGUUGGUGCGUAAAGAUUAGAGGUACCCUAUGGCGGCACUCCGGCGCGACAGCGAGUGCAAACCCAUAGCUUAAUAGCUGCCCUUGGUAAGACUAUUUGACUUGAGGGCUUAUGGCGACUUGCUAACAGCCUCCGACCACCAAUAUCGGCAAAAACAGUCAGGCGCCGCUCCACAGUUGAGGGUACCGAAAUCAGACUCCUUAUGGCCUGGAUUGGGCGCUGCUUCGGGAAGCGCGAAGGAAAAUCCUGGCGCGAAGCUACUCCACAACCGGCCGGAACAUGUUUACAGGCAAUAUCUCCUGCAUAUACGGAAGAUGGCGGCUUUGGGCUUGCUCUCUAUGACCAAGCAAGCUUCGCUCGGUCGUUCAGCAAAGCCACACAAGCACCUAUCCCGACACCUCGCAACAAUACACAUGCCAAUUACUGCAGUUUAAAAACGUCAGUGUCCGGAGCACAAGGACGUGCAGGUUGGGACCUCGCAAUCGCUUGCUCCGUCCGUCAUGACAAGGAUACCACAGCGAGCCUUUCACCGAGUGGGCGAGACACUGUCACACAUCACAUUGAGCUUGUCAAUGUCGUUGCUACUCGUCCACGACAAUCACUUGCGGUUCUCUGGGUGACCUCACCAUGCAACGGCGAAGAGGACACCAGUUUGCCUGGCCAUGGUAGCAUGUACAGCAGAGGAGCUGCAGUCGGCUGCCCUAUUCCUUCUAAUCUUAUUUCAAGCACGGCGGCUGCAGUAACGGCGCGCAUGGGCAUUCCUCUUGAGGAAUGCCAUCGGUUGCUAAAGGACAUGGUCGCAAGUGAUGAGGGCUUUCUCUCAGCCCUCCAACAGGCCGGCAGAGCGGCACAAGCAGGAACCUGGUGUACCAUUCGGCAUCGGCCGCUGCGCACGGUUGGACUGCGGGCGGCUGCACCGCAGCUGCAUCAGCCCCAACCAGCGGCCUGCCAGAACGUCACGUUGGUGCAGCUCUCCUCAUGUCGCCUACGCCUCCAAGACGGCAGCUUGGCACCCGGGCUGAUCCUGCGUCUGCGACUGCAGCAAGCCGUCACCGCCACUCCACCCCACCACCUCCCACACCCUAUUGGCCAAGCCAGCAGCAGCACCGGCCACCCUCACCCCAGGCAGUCCGGCCCCUCCUCGCCUGCUCAUGAGAUCCUGAGGACCGGUUCUUCCAAACACCCAAACCACCAACACCGCAGUUUCCUUCCGCCACUUGCUGCCGGCACCACUGCUGCUACCACUGGCUCUCAGGAAGGUGGUGGUGAUAGGACGCACCCCCGAAGUGCAUCCUUGUCAGCGGCCUGUGAGGGGGCGGUGCAGGGGGCAGCGGCGGCUGCGGAGGAGGCGGAUGCUGAGGUGGUGCCGGACGAGGUGGCCGCAGAGGCAGAGACAGCGCGAGCGGUGGCGGCGGAGGCGCUAACCGCAUGCAUCCUGGUCUUCUUGUACGAUGGCAGGGACGGCGCUCCUCGGGGUCGCAUGGCCUACUGUAACGGCCGAGCGCGGGAAUACCUGGGCAUGAGGCCUCCGUUGGAACAGCAGCAACAACAGCUGCAGCAGCAGCGGAGUCUUCAGGAGCAGUUGUUUCUCGGCUUCGACGCUCCUCUAGCACCCGUCCAGCAACACCAAGAGAUAUCAGGGACUGCUGCAGCUGAGGCGCUGCUCCCCGCGAUUCUGCAGUACGAAGAUCCGUGCCUGCUGCAGCGGCUGUACGACGAUGCAGCUACCGAACAGGGGUUUUGCGCCGUGCUAAAGGUCCCGGCGUUUAUCGAUGCCGCCAAGCUUGUAGACAUCCCAACCGCGGCAACGGCCGAGGCUGCUGUUGUUGCGGUGUCGGAGGCGACAAGGCGGGGUCUGCAGCAGCAACGCGACGGCAGCAGCACUGCGCCGCCGCCGCCAACCUCAGCCUCGGCGUCGGCGUCGUUGGGCGCUGUUGGUGAUGUCUGCGGUGUUGGCGGCGGCGGUGACAAGAACGGCUGUCGAGUUAAUUUGGGUCGGGACUCGGGCCAGGCAGGCCAGGGAGGUAGGGAAGCAGAUGCACCCAGCGGGUUCCAAGAGCUUCUGCGGACCAUAUCCGACAUCGCGGAGAGGAGCGAGGGCGAGGAGGACGAGGAGGAGGAUGACAACAGAGGAGGUGGUGGAGGUGACACCCACCGCGGCAACGGACGUGGUAACGCUGGUGGUGUUGCUGGCGGAGGUGCCGAGGAGGAGGGAGAGGAGGAGGAGAUGCUUCUGGGCACAACCGAUGUACGUGCGCUUGCAAGAGGCGCAGCAAGAGGGGGAGGCGGCAGCAUGCGUUUUAUGUUACGCCGCUCCUCCGCGCCUUACGUGCUUUCGCUGGCUCCAGUGGCAACCGCAACCACGGCGGCGGCAGCUUCGGUGGGGCCUGCUUCGUCUUACACCCAUGGGCACGGUCCAGCGCGCCAACCGAAUCCCAACCGCUGCAACCAACCCAACCGCGACCCCAGCCAACCGCUGAAGGACUACCAGCUAACCCAACCCUGCGCCGCGGGUGUUGGGGCAUCUGCGGCGGGGCGGCGACACAGCAUUCAUAACUGUUCGGGGGAAUUCGCAAUGACGGGUCUACGCAUGCUUAGUCGCGCCGUGCUCUCCAUUCACGGGGAGAGGCUGGGGCUGGGAGCCGCGCACAACAGCAACUCCGUCAGCGGCCGCCAUGCACACCUCUCCACCGCCUCCACCACCGCCUCCGCCACCCCAUCCGGAACGUAUAACCGGUCUGUUGAGCGGCAACACGCCAGGGCUGCUGGCAGCAGCGGUGCUGUGGGUAGCAACGGCGCUGUGGGUGGCGGCGGCGGCAGCGACUGUGCAGGCAGCAGCAGCAACCGCGGUGGUGACGGUGGAGGCGGCGGCAGUGGAGCAGCUGGGAGUCGGGGCGAUGGCGCCGGCGGUGUUCAGUUAGACGCUUGGGAGCAGGAGCUGCUCCAGCGGCUGGAGCGGGGCUUCCCUCGCGGUUGCGGAGCCGCCGCAGCCGCCCCUCCCCCCAGAGUGCCCUCGGGACCCCAACACCACCACCUGUUCGCACGCAAUGACAGCACCUCCGUUCGCAGACAGCUGCUGCAGCAGCAGCAGUCCGCAUCUGCAUGGAACCUGGGAUGUCAACCUGGGGGCCAGCCGCUGCAACCGCCAGUGCUGCUUCCCUUGCAGAAGCAGCAGCAGGAGCAGGGGCAGCAACAGAAGCAACAGCAACAGCAACAGCCGCGUCCAUUUGCGAAACGAGGUGUUCGGCGAGUGGCAACACUGGAAUCCGGCAGCCUGCGUCGCUUGGUAGCAACAGCGGCGGCGGCGGG